UUUCAGAUCCCUAUAUUCACUUAUUCACAUAAAUUGAAUUGCCUCAUCUUGAAUCCAUUGAUCUUUCUCGUAGUCUACUAUUCACCAUUUAGUGGACCCUCCUCCGGCCCUACCUAUCUCGUCGAUUGUUUGCAACAAAGUCGCUACGCGCAUCUAACCAAACUUGCUGUCUGAUAUCUGACAUCUAGUACUCACAGAUCACAAUGGGUUCCUUCUCACGUACACAGUCUCCAGUCUUGGCCAUGCCGCCAAGCGCUGCUCAUCAACCCACAUUUGGCAUGCCAGUAUUCUCGCAUCAGCCUUCUCCUCUGACCUGUCCGGGAUCUUUUGCUUCUCCCGCUGCUGCACGCUUUCAAAUGCAACAACAGCCCUUGCAAUCAGCAACGUCACAAAGUGCUGGGCGUAAGCGCUCCAGAGAUGAAGCUGCUAUCAAUCUUGAUGUUGAGGAAGCCAAGCUCGAAACCAUUGAACCUGUCAAAGAGCCCGAAGACGAGUGGGUCUAUGGCCCAGGUAUGACCUUGAUUAAGAGAUCUCAGGCAUACAUCUCCCAAGCCGACAGCCAGUCUGGCACAUGGUUGGAAGAGAAGUCUGCCGAGGAAGAGCUUCGGAAGAACGAGGAGGCACGCGCUUUUAAACAACAAGAGCGCCCUUCUUUUCGAAGCAACAAAUCACAACGACUAGACAUGAGUUCUUUCUCGGUUUCUACUGCCAACAGGUCGAGUCCUGUGCGCGACAUCAACGACACAGCCAUCGCCACACCUGGCCUCUCUGUUGACUCAAGCUCUCAGCCUAUUAUUGACAAUUUCACUCUUCACCUUGGCAUUGGCUGGAGCCGUAUCAGCAAUGAUGAGCAUAGAGAAGCCGCUGCUCGUGGCUGGGCACGAUAUAUUGAAAACCACUUCCCAAUCAGCAACGUGCAAAUCCAGCUCGAGAGCAGGGGCCUGCAAUCGUAUCUCGUCGAGGCCUCUGAGGGCUUCUUCCUCUUCGCCGAAGACUUGCAACGCGGUCAAUUUAUUAGCAGGGAUCUCAAUCAAACCUUCCAGAACCUUAAGGUCUCUCCUCCCGUGUUUGAGGGAAGCGAGGUGAUGGUUGUCGCUGGCACACCACAGCCUGCACCGUCACAAGACGUCGACAUGGAGAUGGCCUAAGUCAAAUGGCGCCUGAGCGCUGCGAGA